UCCCAUCUCUCUUUGAAAUAGGUGCGAGACAAGCGAACAAACAACACCGAACCACUCUCUCUCUCUCGUCUUUGCGUUCGAUUCGAACCCUAGGCACAUUGAAUCAAUCAUUUGGAGUCUCUCUUGGAUCUUCAAUCAAUGGCGUCUUGAUCUGUUUGUGUCUGGGCUACUAGGAUUUGGAGAUUUUCGUAGAUGGAAAAGGAUAAGUCCCCCAACCAUGGUGGGGGUUUUCUGCGUCCGUUAGGACGGUAUUUGGGUUUUUCUCCUCCGGGUAACAGUUUCAAUACGAAAUCAGAGCCUAUGGCAUCAUCAACAUUGCCUCCACUAGGACCUGGGGGUAGUUCAGAAACGGGUCAUUUUGGUCAUGGGAUUCCUAUGGAUUCUAGCCAUUUUAGUCAUGAUAUUAGCCGAAUGCCCGAUAACCCGCCAAAGAAUAAGGGCCAUCGGCGUGCCCAUUCGGAAAUUCUUACUCUUCCUGAUGACAUUAGCUUUGAUAGUGAUCUUGGUGUUGUGGGUGGUUUGGAUGGACCUUCGUUGUCUGAUGAGACUGAAGAAGAUUUGCUUUCUAUGUACCUUGACAUGGAUAAAUUUAAUUCAUCCUCAGCAACAUCUGCCUUCCAAGUUGGUGAGCCAUCUUCUGCAGCAGCUGCACGAACUCCAGCUUCAGCAACUUCUCCUACUGAGAAUGUGGCCCCUUCUUUUAGUGAGAGGCCCAGAGUUAGACAUCAGCAUAGCCAGUCGAUGGAUGGGUCGACUACAAUUAAGCCUGAGAUGCUCAUGUCAGGUUCAGAAGAGGCAUCUGUAGCUGAUUCUAAGAAAUCCAUGUCUGCUGUUAAGCUUGCUAAGCUUGCUCUUAUUGACCCAAAGCGUUCCAAGAGCUCAGAGCUUUCAUUAAAGCUCAUAAUCUUCAUGAAACUCAGAUAUUUGCCAAAAUUGAGACAGUGGAGGGAUUGAGACAUUUUGAUGAGAUCCUUCAGGAAGCAGAUGGUGUUAUCCUCUCUCGCGGGAAUUUAGGAAUUGACUUAGCCCCAGAAAAGCUAGUCCUCCACCAAUCAACCCUCCACCAAAAACAGCCCCACCUCCACCAAGCAACCCUCUACCAAAAACAUCCCCACCUCCUCCAACAACAGAGCGAGGGGCUCCGGCACCCAGCGUGGAUUGGACCACUCUGAUAUACGGCAUGUCUGAUUGUCUGACAUAUUUGACAGUUGGAAGUAAUGAAACAAACCCGGAAGACACGUGUUGCACUGGACUUAAGACGGUGUUAGACACCGAUGCAGAUUGCUUAUGUGAAGGCCUAAAGAGCAGUGCUAGUUUGGGUUUUAACAUUGAUUUCAAAAAGGCUAAGGCCAUACCUUCUGUUUGUAACAUCCCCACUCCACCAUCACUGACCAGCUGUGAUCUAACCUCUUCUCCCUCUACUCCUGGUGCUCCUUCUCUGCCUGGUAUGUGUUUUUGUUUUGAAUAGUUUUCUAGAUCCUUAAAAUAGAAAGCGCAAAAAUAAAUAAAUAAAAUAAAUAAUCAAUGUGUUGUUACUCAGCUUAAUUUUAGUGGUGGGUAAAUUGCAGAUUGGGAUUCACUGGUGUUUUGUGUACUAUGGUUUUAAUAUUGGAUUGUAUAAUAUUAUAAGGAUGACAUUAUUCUAUCAUAUUUUGUUCACUUAUGUUGCAUAUUCAAAAUAA